GUCACUGACGAGAAUUUUAUGUGGGCUGUCAAAAAAUCAUCCAUUUGAUACCUCGAACAUUUCGAUUCUUUUAAAUCGUUUUGUAUCGUCGUAGCAAAGUAGAUAAACGUGAAAUGAAAAAUCUAUCCGAUAGUUUAAUCGAGUAUGAAAUUGAAAAAGUAAUUAAAAGUAUCGGCGGUGAUGAAUUUUCUUAGUGUAUAUAAAGUCGUAAGAAAGAUAGUAGCGUCGGAGACGCCGGGAGAAAUCUUCGAUUCGAUUCGAUUUGACUCGAGCUAUCUCACUCUCUUUUUCUCUCUUUCUCUGAUGCUUUCUAUCUCUGUCUCUCCAGUUCGACGUAUCGAAGUGGCUAUGUAAUUUCAGCCAGUCACUUCAGCUCGAGAGAUUCCUGACGCGCGUAGUGGUCGUCGUAGGAAUCGGGGCUCCCUCCUCUUUUCGUAUGUGCGCGCUUGUACACGCGCGUACAGCUCGUACGCCGUACGGGAAGUGCGUGAACCGAGUCACGAUCAGUCUCUGAAACGUUGAACGAGGGAAAGGAUUCUCGAUGCAUUCAUUUCGAUAAGCAGGCUAGAGUGCGCGCGCGCGAAUAGGGACGAUAAAAGAAAGAAGACGAAGCACGACGAGUAAAAAGAAAAUAAUAGAGAGGAGAAAGAAGAGAAAGCAUUUGGGAAAAAAGUCAAGCAGACUAAACAGUAUCCGAAAGCUUUCGAAGCAUCGAAGGGCUUUUACGCGAAUGGACUUUCUUCGAUCCUGGCACUCGUUAGGCGAGCACAGCCGAGCAAAACGGAACGCGCAUCUUCGAGGAUACGACGGCGUCGAGCUUUCUUUCCUCUGAACAACGCGAUCAAGUACAAGUGUAGAAGUGUGAGUAGAAAAGAGAGGGCGAGGAAGAGAAGACGCCGGAAGGAGGAAGAGAAAGAGGAGAAAAGUGGUGCGCAGUGUGGAAGAAAGAGGACGAUAGGACGCUCGCCCUACGGUGUCUCUCUUACGGUGUUAGUGAAUGGAACGCAUCGCGAUAUUCGAGCGUAAUACGACGCUCCAUGAGUUCGCGCUGCACCAAUGACCGGCCGGGAUUGGCGGUCACGUGACGCGCGUGCUAAGCUAGCAGCAGAACAUUGUAAAUGACAAGCAAGACAAGACGCGUUGGGUAUUGUUGUCGCACCAUCGGUACCGCUAUCAUCGUGCUUCGAAAAUUCCUCUUCACCAUUACCGUUAGUGUUUCUACCACAUUAUUAUUGCUUCUGCUGUCGACACAUCGUCCAUGAGAACAAAAAUACUACUACGAGAAAGACAUAAGUCUUAUUACCGCCAGUUUGUUGUCGUCGUCGUCGUCGUCUUCGCAAUUUCUCUUGUCGUCAUAGUCAUUUUCGCCGGCAAACGAUAAGUCAGCCUAUAUUUCAUAUGUUUAUAACCUACUGCUAGUAGGAAAGUUAAAAGAACAUAGAGUAAUCUUGUGGCAUCAGCCUAUAUGACAUAAUGUCAGGGUCUCAACGCAUGCGAAAGUCUUCGCCAUGCUCUACAUCAAAGCAAGGACCAAUGCGAGCCACCCUGCCUGUAAGCUCUUUGCUACGGCAGGGUCGACAAGGCAGCAGUCUAAGAAAAAGUAACAACAACAGUCCUACCGUGUCACCACCAAAUGCAAGCACAUGGCGGACACGAAUUUCACCAGAGACUUCAGCUUCCUCAGGACAACGAAGCCCUGGUUCACUUUCCUACAAAGCCAAAUCGAAAACAUUAAGUGGUCGCUGUAGUGAAAGUCUAAGUGGUAACCAAAAUAUCCGUAGAACUGCAUCCUUGGAUACAAUAUACUUAAAAGGCCAAUGGCCUCGCGAUUCAUACUAUAUGCAUUCCAGCCUUCUGGUAGUUGAUAAAUCUACACAGACUGAAGAAUGGUCUAUUGAAACAAGAAAGAUGCACACUCGUCAUUCUACAGAACAAUCUACCACAGAUGAAAAGCUAGAAAAGUACUUCAGACAUAGAUUACAGCGUACAAAUAAAGAGAGUACUAGUAGUAGGGAAAGAACAGCAGCUUUUGGCCUUAUAAUGCCUGGUGGCCCACCACCUGCUCUUCCUGGUGAUCAUUCUGUGCUUUUGCCCAGCAUUGCAUCACAAACAUCUAUAUACAAUCAACUUUCUUUGAAUACAAAAGCAAGUCCUAUGAGCAUACCCGUUAAACCAAUGAGGCCUCCAAUGCGUUCUUCCAUUGAAGGACUGAAUCAAGAAAUUGAAGGAUUAGUACUCAAAUCUACUUCAAACACUAAUGAUCCAGAUCACCCAAUAGAAGAUAAGUAUGCACGGUAUCGUGAGCAAAUGACACCCGAAGGACAUCGUGCCCCAUUGGCAGAUUUGUUGAGGGCGACUCGUAGUGUCAACACACAAACACCAGCUACUGAUCUUCCUUCCAGUUCUUACUCCUCAGGCCCUCCAUCUAGGAAUUCUGAGUCUCCGCUGAUAUCUGGUCAUAUGGAUGCUUCCCGUUCACCUAGCGAUCUCUUCCAAGGUGGAAGCCGAGGAUCAACACCUGAACAAGAUAGAGAAGGUCGUCUUGGAACGUCCCCUCAUAUUAACAGGUUUCUUGCAAGGGAACCUCCUGAUGGCUGUGAGAAGGUCAACCUCAAAUUUGUAGAGGAUACGAGGCGACCUAUGAUUGACUUGAGCAAACUAGAGUAUUGUUCGAAACCAUGUGUAUCAUUCCAAUUAAAACCAAGUUUGGGCUCAGCGUUCCUGCCAUUGCAACAGCCGGCCAGUCCGACAGUAGUUGCUAAUGCAUCAGCCACUUCUCAUACAACAUCAACUACACCUCCCCCGAAUCCAUAGUCCUACUUUUUGUCUUAUGAAGUAGCAUUCAUAAUACCAUUUGAUAUAUAUUUUUUUUAAAGACUUCAUGGGUAGAAAGUGGACUUACUUCAGGUAAAGACAUAUGUACCGACAAAGAAAAGUUACCAAAAAUGCAGCCUGUCCCUGGUGUGAGCUAAUGUUUGGACAAAGUGACUAUGUAAUUAGAAUUAUAAUUACAUUAAUAUAAAGUACGGGGAAGGCUUCUAAGCUCUGCUAAUAUUUGAAACAAUAAUAAAUACGAGGAACAAUAAUUUGUGAUAACUAAAAAAUGACGAACGAACGUUUGGAAACGAACAUUGUGUUCUACAGGGAAAAAGACUUACGGAAAUUGUGUAUUCUAAAUUUAGUGCAAAAAUGUGCUAAACAAGUUUAGUUUUGUAUACAGGAAAUAAUUAUCAACAUGUCGGAAGGUAUUAAAUUUAAUUGCUGGAGAAAGCAAAAUUACACAGAUACAGAGAAAGGGGUAUGUAUGCAUACGUACAUUCACACCCACCUAUAAUGAUUUAUCUCACUUAUGCAUCUAUCAUUUUAAACGAUCCAAUAUAAUUCAGUGUCAUAUGUUAGAAUUUUGUAUGGUUUUGUAUUAUUAUUUGUAUACUGAAGAUAUUCAAAUUAUUAUUAUAAUUAACAUCAUUAUUAUUAUUAAUUUUAUUAAUUAUUAUUAAUUAUUAUAAUUAAUAAUAUCGUAUGAGGAGCUUGAAAAUCAAGUACUGUUAAACUCCUCUUUUGUUUCUCUUUAAGUAUUAGUAGAAUUCAAUAUCAU